AUGGCUGACAAUAGGCUUUUGGAAAAUAAAUAUUAAUUAAUUUAAAGAUUAGAUGAAGGUGCUAUAGGGUAAGUCUUUAAGGCUUAGAAUAUUCAAACAAAAGAAUAUGUUGCUGUUAAAUAAGUAAAUAUAAAGUUGUUUAGCAAAUCAGAGCACCUUUAUACUUUAUUUGAGCAAGAAAUAGAAAAUCUUAAAAAGACCAAAUCUGUGAACACUAUCAAAUAUAUUGAUCACUUUAAUGAUGAUAACAAUAAGUAUAUAGUGGUAGAGUAUGUUGAUGGUUUUACACUUAAGAAGAAGCUCGAGCAAUUAUAAUUAGAAGGAAAAACUUUCUCAGAAAAUACAACUAUUUCCUAUUUUAUUUAACUUUUGAAAGGUAUCAAAGAUCUUCAUAAAAACAAUAUCAUACACAGAGAUUUAAAAUUAGAAAAUAUAAUGAUAAGCAAAGAAGGAAUAAUUAAAAUAAUUGACUUUGGCUCUAGCAGAGAACUAAAAGAAGGAUUCUCAGCAAAUACUUUGGUAGGAACUCCAUAUAAUAUGGCUCCUGAAGUAUGGUUUUAAUAGGACUAUGGCAGUGAGUGUGAUAUUUAUAGCUUAGGAGUUAUUUUAUAUUAAAUGUUGUUUGGAGAGUAUCCUUUCUUUACUAAAAAUAUAACUUAAUUAUGGGGCAUAAUUAAAGAAGGGAAUAUUGAUUUUAAUAAAGGAAAAAUAAAGAUUAGCUAAGAUAUGCAAAACCUUAUCAGAAGAAUGCUUAAGUAUGAAUAAGAUUAGAGAAUAUCAUGGUAAGAGAUAUAUAACAAUAUUAUUUUCUAAAACUAUCUUCAAAAUACGAUGUAAACCAACUAAGUUGAAGGCAUAAAGCUUAAAAAACAGAAAGAAGAAGCAUUAGACAUAUACACCAGUAUUUAAAAAAAGCCCAAAAAAGAAGAAAUACCUGGUCCAUCUGAAUUUUCACUUGAUGAUAUGAUGUAUAAUUAAUAUUAUACUAAGAAACAGGACUAUGAAAUAAUUAUAUAUACUCUCUAAAAAAUUGCAAUUCUUCCUGAGAAUGUUAGGAAUAGAUGUCUAAUAUUUAUUUUAAGCAAGUUGGCUUAUACGAGGGCAUCCUAACUUUAUUAAGAUUUAUAAAAUCUUUUUAUUUAAUUCGACAAGAGUGAGUAGCUGAAAGAAAAAGUUAGUAAGAAUUUGGAGGAAAUCAAAAAAAUUUAUGAACUCACAAUAAAUGAAUUGUAGUCAGAUGAAAUCAGUAAGAUGAGGAGCAAUUCAUUAUUUUGGGAUAAUAUUCAAAGCGAAAUUAAUUAAUUUGAUAAGUAAAGUGAUUAAUUCAAACAGAACUUUGAGAAUACUUUAAAGAAUCAUAAAAAAUUAAUAAAAGAUCACUUAACUUCUUUAGAAUAAAAUGGUGAAUCAAAGGAAAAAGAAUAUUAUAAAACAUAUAUAAUUUCUUUUCUUCUUUCAUUUAGAAUAUUUGAAUUAAUAGAUUCUAAAGAAUUAUAUAAAAUAAAAGAGGAAUUUGAGUAAUUAGAGUACUAAUAGUUAUUAAGUUAAUUCAAAGCUAGUCUCUAGAAGCUAGUUAAUUGA